CUGAAAAGUUAUAGAUGAAAUAGACAUUUAUAUGACUUGGGGGCUUGUAAAGAUAAAAUGACAGAUGGGAGUUCGUUGGAACAUGUAACAAGUUCACCUACAGCGGCAUGUGUCCAGUGCUUGGUUGUUUUAUGCGGCUUACCUGGUUCUGGAAAAACGGCUCUGGCGUCUGUGCUGUGUCACGGACAUCCACCGUUCAUCGCAUCGUCCAGUGUUAUACAUGUGUGUUACGAUGAUUUCAUUCCAAACAAUCUCGAUCUUACUUACAAUUCAUCAACAGUAAAUGAUAAAAACAAGCCUGCAGAACUGUCAUGGAAAACCUAUCGAUCAUCCUUAUAUAAAUGUGUGGAUGAGUUGAUACAUCAGAAUGAUUCCAAACCAGACAGGUUUUGUCAGGGGCAAAAUUCUUGCUGUCCAGACAGUUUUAAUGAAGAAUUGAAACAAAACUUUUUGGAAAAACUACACAGGACCAUGGACGUGAGAAAGGAGAUUGCUUGCAGGAAUAAUACUCACCUUUAUAUCAUAGAUGAUAAUAUGUUUUAUCGAAGUAUGCGCUAUGAAUAUUACCAGAUGGCAAGGAAUCAUGGUAUUGGUUUCUGUGAAAUAUAUUUGAACUGUCCCCUUGAUGUUGCAAAAGAAAGGAAAUCAGCAGAGAAAAGAUUCAAUUUCAUAUGAGACACUGGUUACUAUGGAAAUGAAACUUGAGCCACCAGAUGGCACAAAGUUCUCUUGGGAACAAAAUUCUAUUACCAUUAGUGCAGUGAACACAGUGGAUGAAUCUGUCCAAGAGAAAAUUUGGAAUCAUAUAAAAAGGGCAUUUUCACAUCCAGUGGCACCACUUGUAGAAGAGAAUAUAGAUGAAAAGAAUGCUUCAAGGGAAGUCAUUGCAGCCAAUGUUAUUCACCAGUCUGAUCAAAUACUUCGCAAAUGUAUUGCUGAGGAAAUGAACAAAAGAAAAGUUUCUGGAAAAUUGACGAAGUCAGCAUUAAAAGAACUUGGUACUCAGCUAUCUGUUUUGAAAAACCGUAUCCUCGAUGAUAUUCGGAAUCAGAAAAUACAACUAGACAUUGACACAACAGAUUUCAUAUCAGACCUUCAGAAUCAUGUAACAGCAAUCUUUUUGAAAAAUGUUGGCAGUUGA